AUGUUGCAAUCCGGAAAGACAACUUUGACUGGUUGUCAAAGGUUGUCGUGUUGGAGGAUUCUGUUCAGGUCACCUUCGUGCGGUGAGACACCACGAACACCACUGCACGGCGAGACACCACCAACACUACUGGGUGAGAAAUUACUUUCACUGCUGUACGGUAAGGAAGUUUCAGCUCACUCAUUGCCUGGUCUGCAGGAUGGCUGUCUAGCGUUGGUCCAUCUGCAAGGAUCAGCCUCGCGCUCAAAGGCAGGACAAGUGAAGAUAUUCACAAGUCGUCUCAGCAUUCUGGCGAAGAAGAGUCUGCAAAGAGUAUGAGCGUAUUUGUGCAUCUCUGUCUGAGACACUGGAGAAGGGGCCAGCCGAAUGGAAGCUGA